CACUUCUCCUCCCCUCUUCAGAAACGUUACUUUCUUCGUUGUUUUCGUGUGAAGGCUGAAGGUUUCCUGUUGAUUUACGAUGUCGGGCGUUCACAGAGGCUUCUCGUUGGUAUCUGCUUUCAUUUUCUACAGUUUAUUUUUUACUACAGAGGCGCAGACAGCAACUCCUUCUCCAGCUCCGAUCCCCUGUGCCCUGAGCUCCAACACAAGUUGUGAUGAAUGCUUGAAGAAUGUGGCGUGUUUGUGGUGCUCUCCAACCAAACAAUGCAUCGACUACCCGGUGAGAAACAUCCUGCCCCCCCGCAGUGUGUGUCCACUAAAUGUUGCACGGUGGGGGGUAUGUUGGGUAAACUUCAUGAUUUUGAUCAUCACCAUGUCAGUGCUGGCUGGCAUCGUUGUCAUCGGCAUUCUCGUUUGCAUCCUCUGCUGCUGCUGCAAGUCUGAGAGAAGAGGGAACAACAAAGAAGAUGCAAAGGUGGAGCGACAAACCCGUGCGAGGAAGGCCCGCCAGAAAGAGAGGAGAACAGAAAUGCAAGUGAGGCAUGAUGAAAUCAGAAACAAAUAUGGUUUGGCAAAGGAUAACCCAUACGCCCGUAUGAAUGAACAUUAAGAAGAAUGUGAGCGACGAUUCCUGGAGGGAAAAAUCCUUUAGAUGAUCUGACAUAUGCCAGUAAUAGUGAGAUUCAUGUGUAGCAUAUGAUAAACUGUGAUUAUCUGAUUUCAGAGAGCCAGUAUUUGCCAAAAAAAUGUGACCAAUAUAGUCAAAAAUAAUUGUGACUGAGUGCAAUACACUCAAAGUGGCCCUUUUACCUAAUGUUUCAGUUUUUACACGCCAAAGCUCAGCUUUUAUGCUCGUUUAAUCAUUCUCAUCCCUUAGUGUUAUUUUGAAUUAUUUUAAGGGAAAUGUGUUGUUUAAUUUGCUUUCAUCCAUACAUUGAACUACAUAUAAGGGCUAUUGUUUGCACAAAAUGCAGAAUUGUAUAAUUCUCAAAACUCAAUGGUAGAAAAGUUUUUGUGGUGCUUCAUUCAAAUUGAAUAUUUCAUUGUUCAUUUUAUUUUGUAAAGCAUAGUUUGUGACUGUUUGUCAUUCAUGUCUUAAGCAUAACUUCUAAUUUUUUUAUAAAAGGUUGUUCAUCA